AUGCCCGUCCUCGCCACCAGCACCCGUGCAAUCGCACGCUCAUGGACUGCGCACCAAUUGCCUGUUGCGCGGGCCGGCUGCACCGCCAUCCAGACCCGCGCCGCCUCGGCUUCGAGCUUCGACAGCCCCUUCAAGAGCCAGAGCCCGGAUUCGACAAAGAUUCCCUCGUUCGCCGCGUACAGGAAUAAGGGGGGCGAGACAGGGCCCAAGGUGUUCCAGUACUUCAUGGUGGGCACCAUGGGUGCGCUGGCUUCGCUUGGUGCAAAGGCGACUGUGCAAGAUUUCCUCGUCAACAUGUCUGCUUCCGCCGAUGUUUUGGCCCAAGCCAAGGUCGAAAUCGACCUCGCUGCCAUUCCCGAGGGCAAGAACGUCAUCAUCAAAUGGCGAGGCAAGCCCGUCUUCAUCCGCCACCGCACCGAAAGCGAAAUCAAAGAGGCAGAGGACACCAAGUGGCAGUCGCUGCGUGAUCCCCAGCCCGACUCCGACCGUGUCAAGUCUCCCGAGUGGCUGAUCAUGUUGGGCGUCUGCACCCACCUGGGUUGUGUCCCCAUUGGCGAAGCCGGCGACUUCGGCGGCUGGUUCUGCCCCUGCCACGGAUCCCACUACGACAUCUCCGGCCGCAUAAGAAAGGGGCCUGCGCCGCUCAACCUGGAAAUUCCCUCGUACGAUUUCCCCGAGGAGGGCAAGGUCGUCAUCGGUUAA